AGACAACAAACGCCUUCGCGAGCGACCCCCGGAUCCCUCUACGGCGCGUUACCGUCAUAUCCCAUCUUCGCCGGCCGCCGACAGCCUCAGAGCUCGAAUCUUUCCUUUAUCAAGUCGAGCGCCCUGUGCCGUGCGUCAUCUCCUAGACCUUGCGACCCGACACCCAGAGAGAGGCUUUUGAGGCCCUGUUUUGUGAAAGCCGGCAGUCACCGUGGCGAUUCUUGAUACCUGACGAUAGAUUCGAGUAUUGUUAUGGCAGAGCAGAGCAGCCACGAUGUGGUAACUCAAACCCGGUCGGGCGGCGAGCCUUCGCCUUCCGACGUUCCUGCGAGCAAUUCCGACAAGAACACUGCUGGAGGGGACGUGGGGGAGAUUAAAGAUACAGCUACCACUGAACACAACGAGAAACAUACAGGCGCGGAAUACGAUUCGAGGUCAGGCGCUGCUGAGGCAGCUCCUGGUGCGGACGACGGUGGAAAUGCUUCGGGACGGUCGACAGCCGAUUUCACAAAGGAUGGUCCAGGGCCGGUUGAGUCCAGGGCUCUGGAAUUAAAUGGGAUGGCAUCGGGGUCGGACCGUGGUGAGGAUACAGGCUCGCAGGGUGGAUCAGAGUCCGAUACCAGCCGUACCGAUGGGAGGCAUCACACGCGCACAGGCUCUGUGAAGAAGCCAACAAGUUUCAAGCCAGUAUCAUUUGCCAAGUUUAGCGUUCCGAAGACUCCAGGCUCGGUACUCACAUCCAAGAUCGUCAGCGAGAAAGCAUCAUUAGCUUCUCCUUCUCCAUCCACUACGCCACAGUCAACAUCCCGGCCGCGCUUGGUCGCUAAAACAACGAGCAGUUUACGGGAUUCCUCUAGAACUCCUGGCGCAGGAGCUGGUGGUGCAUCGGGUCCGGAUCCGAAUCAGGUGUGGAAUAAGAACAGACCGACCCAGCCAGCUCCGACCAGACACCUGACAGAUGAAGAGCUCAAGCAGCAAUACGGCAUACACAUGACGUCUCGUAUCCAGGAAGACGGAGGAGGGACGGAGGCGAAAUGGGCGGAUAUUGAUGAUGAUGAAGAUGACUGGGCCCCGGAAACUAUCGAAUGGAAUGAUGGGACGAAGAUCACACUUACAGCUCAUGCGGAAAGUGGCACUAUUACCAGCCAAGAACCAAAAGAUCGAAAGGAUACCAAAGAUACUGCACCUGCGCCAGAACCAUCGACAACAGUUCAGACGACAACCAAGUCCGUUACGACGAAAUCCACUACCUCUGUUGGGCCUAACGCUACUGUUCUUAGACUGGGAGCCAGUGCCGAAAGACAAGCCAGGAAUGCCAUGGCAGCAUCCAAGGGAGCAAGCGAAAAGUCUGGUUUGACAUCCAAAAGCCCAGCUCCUGUGCCCACUAAGUCUCCGUGGGCGCCUCUCCCUCCUAUGGAGAAGGUUUCUCCCGUUAUUCCUCCAGUGCAACCACAGUCUUCGUCGCGUCUCAUGAAAAGAGAGUCUCAUGUCCAGGAAGCUGGAAAUGGUCCUCUCCCGGCGAAGGAAAUUGCAGCGGAUGACUUCAAUCGAUCUUGGAGAGAGGGCCAGUCCAACUUGCCUCGGGAGCUGUACAAUUCUCAUUCAGGUAGAUAUGAACCGGUCUCCGAUACGAGGAGGGGGCCUCAGCGCAGUGAUCAGCCGUUCCGGGCUCCUUCCGUUCUUCAAAGGCCCUCCCAUCACGAACAGACUGGACCUGCAGAACCGUCUGCAGCAUUUCAGACCCAUCGGGCAAGUGCUCAAGAGACUGGCCCCUGGAAUCGACGUCGCACAUCCUCUAAUGUUAGUGGAGGGAGCGGAAGCUUUGGUCGUCGGAUGUCGUUAGGUAGACCUGAUGCUGUUUCCAAGCCGGGUGAUGUUCGAAGAGGAUCUCAGGUGAAUGGAGCUUUGGAGCGUUCUGUUUCGCCAAAUGAAAUACCUAAGCGCGGCGUCUCUCCUGGCCACCAGGGUGCCGGGGUUUGGCGGGCACGCACGCCUACAAACAUGAGUUACGCAUCACCUGGGAUGGCCCCUGCCCCUCAAGUAGCAGACUCCAUGACUACGGAGCAACCCGCAGCAGCGCCUCAGAUUCCUCAGGAAGAUCCUGUCGCAAUGCAGCAACGCAUCAUGAAAGAGAAGACCAUGGAAGCACGGCAGAGGCGGAAAGAACAGGAGGAGAGAGAGGAAGCUGAACGUCGCGAAAGAAUCAGGUUGAAGCUUCAGGCUCUGGGACCUCCUCCAUCGGAGAAGGAGGAACCCAAAGCUCAAGAUUCAUCUUCGACGGCAAAGGCACCUGCUAAGGAAACAGCUCCUGCGACGGCCGCACCAACUACGCACUCACCCCCAAAACCACCGGUCCCCGAACCUACUGGCGAACCUAAACAGUACGGCAUGAUGAAGGUUCACCAUCCUGACACGGUGAAGAAACUCGUCGCUGCGAGUGAGAGAGCAUCCGACAAGUCUAUGCCCGCACCUCACGGCCGUCGUCUCCCAUCUCCCGCACGUGAACCGAAGGCGGAUAUGUCGAAAUCGAACGGACUGCGCCAACCACAUGAUAUCUCUCCUGCGCAGCCGGUCGGAGCACACAGGGAGACUCUGACUGACGAGAAGGGCCCUCAAUGGAGAAGCAGCCUCAGCCCGUGGGUUUCCGGGCCGAAAAUUGGUGGUCACCCAUCGUCCGAUCCAAAUCCUUGGAAACCACUGAGCAGUGACAAGACUCUCGGGAAUGGUGCUUUCGACAGGAAUCUUCCUGGUUUCACAGGGGGCGAUCACCCUCUCCGCGGUCACCUUGGCCUUAAUGACCAGUCGUCUAUCAGAUCGCCACAUACGAAUGACGACAGGAUGGGCGCCCCGCAGCCUUUCUCAGGACCUCCUGGGAUUGCCCAGGAUAGCAUGCCUAUAUCUCCGCUGCCAGAGUCUGUCAAUCCGGUCGUUAGACCGGGGCCCAUUGCACCUCCGAGCUCGCAGCCAGCUCAGAGGCAGCACGACCUAACCCGUGCUGGUGAGACUACAGCUUGGAACAAUUUUCACAAUAUCGCUGCAAAACGUGAGGCGGAGGAGAGCGAGCGAUUCCACCGCGAACUUGCGGCUAUGCGCGAUGAUGGUCCCUCUUCGAUAGCGGUCAGUUUCAAUGAGACCUGGCGCCAAGUUCGAACGGGUGAUCAUGUCGGUUCGCGACAGAUUGUUGGUGUUAGCAGAACCGCUGAAGCUGGAGCUCCAGUGGCACCCUUGCACGCCUUCGAUCCCGCUGUUGGGAGCUUGCCGUUCUCUGAACAUCACUCGCGUGCUUUCAGCAGUGCCGCUGGGCGCGGUUCAAGGUUCUUCCCUCAUCAGGUGGAACAGCCUAAGCCUCCUGUCGUUCAAGACCGUGGACUUUCUAGGAGCCCCUCCCCACCUCCCCCAGAGGAAGUAUCCAGCCAUCCCGUCUACACCGGAAAUACCGAUCGCCCUCUAGUCCAUCUUCCUACCCCAAAGCCUGUUGUCAAACUGCCUCCCAAACCGACGGCGCCACAGCAGCCUCCAACCUUCGCCUCUAUGGUCGCUUCUUCGCCACCGGUUCGAGUCGUUCCCCAGCCCAUUGCAAGCACAACUUCGUGGCAGGACCGCUUCAACGGUCUUUUUGGCAAGAAGCCAUCGACGGAGAAGAAGCAAGUUCUUGCGGUUGCCUCCGCUACCAAAGAACCUCUUGAUGUUCAGUCACAGCCUGCGCCCGCUGCUGUCUCACUCCCUCAAUAUGUGGAGAGCGACAUUCUGCGAGAUGUCGGAAAAGUGACAUCCAAGGAGGUCGAGGAGGAAGAAGCCAUCUUUGAAGAUCGUGAGGCUGGCUCUCUACCUGUUGUCCGUGUGCCAAAUAUGGCACCUCCGGCGGCUUGGGUGGCUGCCCUUCCCCCGUCUUCAUCUAAACUCCGCUCUAAGUACCUGAAACCUAUGCAGGUCCACAGCGUUGAGCCUUACAACUUUGGAUUCCAUGAUAAAGAUCGUUCUGGUAAUAUCCAUGUAAUCAUUCAUUUCCCAGGCAAUGACAGUACGAGAACUGUGACACUGCCGAGAAAGGCCGGUAACCACGGGCAGCGACAGCGUGGCAGCGCAUCAGGAUUCAAGUCUCGGAAGAACACGAAGAACUCGAGCGAAGGGUCGAGCAGCCACGGUCAUAAUCGGAACUUUAAGAAGUCGAAUGCUUCCGCCUCUGGCAACGCUGCUGGUAGUUCCCCUCGGGCUCCAUUCGGAAAUGCCUCUUGGGGUUCGCCUGCAUUUGGGGUUGCUCAUUAAAGCCCCUUCCCUGAGAGCGCUCUCGGAUCUGAAGGCGGCCAUGCCGUAGUCUAAUUUUUCAUCUCAUGGGAUUGUUUAUCGUUUAUGCGUGGGCGACCAAAGUUUACUGUUUCAGUAUUGAUGGGUGUAACCUGCCGUCCAUAGGUCCAAGAUGAUCCGCGGUGACGCAGUAACCCCUUAUUCCUUGAAAUAACAAUUUCUCUUUCCCCGCUAAUACCAUACAUGUUUCGCCAGUACUGGCUUUGAAGUGUCAUCAUGUCCUCGUUCUGACAGAGCAGUCUUUUCCAAUCUGCAAUAUGCGGCCAUGGGC